CUAAGCGCCAAGCGCCUUUGACUCCAACCAUCCACUAUCAAUCAAGUGUCGCUUCAGCAUCGCCUAGUCUUCUCUUGAACUCUCUUUGCAAUGCCCAUGAUGGCUCGUGCUGGUCCUUUGCAAGAUCUGCCACUUGCGCAUUUCCUAGCUAGUGGCACCAGUUCAGCUCCCACCAUUGUUAAACCAGCCAAACGCCCUCUUUCGCCUUCAAAAUCAUCCAUUUUCAGCCCGGCCAAGCGCCGUAUCCUGCAUUCAGAAGGCAUUCUCCUGCCUGGUGAAGCCUCCCUGUCGUCAUUGCGACCUCAGCUUCCAUGUUUUGGAAGUGAUGUCUUUGGAGCCUCCCACGAUUCGUCAAUAGCAUUGACAUCACCCACACAACGUGCUGGUGCCACCCAGGGAAGCUCAAGGGAUAGACGAACACCGAGGAAACCUUCGCCAAAGUUGACACGUUCAACCGUUGCCUCCGGAGACGACUCAGCAUCUGCACUCAGCCUCCGUCGCUCGUCUCGCCUGCAGUCAUCUCAGCGCGGCGCUGAACUUGGCGCUGAUUCAAUGGCAAUUCCUCGCGAGAUGCCACUGCCUCAUGAUCGUCAGUCAGCGCAUUAUCCUGGCUUUGAUACGUAUCAGGAUACGCACAUAUUUCUUGUACCAUCGCGACGAACAAGUCCGUCUUCUGAUAAUGAAGACUCGUGGCCUAGUUCUGAAGAAGUCCUUUCCGAAAAGGAGAUCACCAAAGAGAAUAUCCCUCCUCGGAAGAAAGCCAAGAAGUCCUCCUUGGCACGAUCCUCUCUUCCGAUAGACAAGACGUUUCGCUCAGAUCGACAUACUACUCGAGAGGAAUCCCGCCAGCUGUCCAGCAUCACAGCUAGCAGUUGGUGCAUAGAUGGGGUUACCACUCCUCGGGCGUCUUGAACACCACCCGCGACACAAUCACCAAUAGGAUCAAUGGAGGUUGUUUUGAAAGGAACCCUUACGGGGCAGUCUAUUUGAUCUACGCAACCUAUCUUCCAUCCGUCUUCUCUUUCGAUACUGAUACUUGGCUGGCGUAUUAAGUGUCCCCGAUCUAUCAUUCACAUGCUACCUAUUAUGAGAUCUCCAAUGACUAUCUGCACAUUGUCAGUUAUAUAUUUUCGAUAUUGUACCGCCGGUUGCUAGAACAGCCAGCAUACGGUCCAAUUCAUGUCGUUCGAUUUGUUGGUUUAAUUGAAGUCUAAUUUGUUAUGUUUUUUCUGGCCUGUGCG